AUGCUAAGAAAAUGGUUACAUACAACUUUGAGAGUUCACAACACAAACAAAUAUUCCGCUAAGACGAAAUUGAAAGCAGCCACGAACAUCGUAAAUUUCGUGUCUAAUAUUAGAUACAGUCAAAUAAUCGAUCAAAUAAGAGUGAUGGAGAUUGAAAUUCUUGAUGCACGUAAUUCCAAAGUGUUGGCAAAAUGUACAGCUCAGCCAUCAUCUACAAUUAAGGAUUUAAAAGUUCAAGUUCAUUCGGCUAAUAAGAAGUUAACCAUUCAUCGACAAGCAUUGCGAUUAGAAAUUAGAGGAAAAACUUUAAAAGAUUCAGAUACAAUUGAAUCACUUGACUUACGCAAUGGAGCAAAAUUGUAUCUUAAAGAUUUAGGACCGCAAAUUGGGUGGUCUACAGUUUUCUUGGCAGAAUAUGCCGGUCCUUUGCUUGUUUACUUAUGGGUUUACCAACGCCCUUGGAUCUUUUAUGGUGACACUACAACAGCAAGUUUUACCACAACAGCUCAUAUUGCUGCAGCUUGUUACACGAUCCAUUAUGCUAAACGUCUUCUUGAAACAAUUUUCGUUCAUCGCUUCUCUCAUGCCACAAUGCCGAUAGGAAAUCUUUUCAAGAAUUGCAUGUAUUAUUGGGGAUUCACAGCUUAUGUAGCUUACCAUGUCAAUCAUCCUUUGUUUACCUCACCAUCCAUGGCACAAGUUUAUGCUGGACUUGCAGGAUUUAUUUUCAGUGAACUUGGAAAUUUAUCGAUUCACAUCAAUUUGAGAAAUCUUCGACCACCAGGCACAACAGUUCGAAGAAUUCCUGAACCAGACUCCAACCCGUUUACCGUUCUUUUUAACUUUGUCUCAUGUCCCAAUUACAGUUAUGAAGUCCUUUCAUGGCUUUCGUUCUCUUUUAUGACUCAAUGCUUGCCAGCUCUUAUUUUUAGCGCUGUUGGUAUGUAUCAGAUGACAAUAUGGGCUCUCGGAAAGCACCGAAAUUACAAGAAAGAGUUUAAAGACUACCCGAAGCAACGUAAAUCUAUCAUUCCAUUUAUUUUGUAAAUUUAUGUUGUUACUAAACAUUUUCUCAAUGUUUUAAGAAAGACUUGCUAAGUAUCAGGGGAAAAUAUUUUUUUACUUACACAGAGAUUUUCUUGGCAGACGGGGAAAGUUCGCCAGUAAUAAUGAUUAACUAAAGUUUAAAUUAAUUUUGUGUUCUUGGUUUUUAUGGCAAAUAAAAUUGAAUUCCGAAUGGUUGUGGAAAAAAAUAAAA